AUGGGGGGGGGGCAUGGGCAGAUUCCUGGAGCAGAGGCCUAGAUAUGGUAGAUCUAAGUGAAAUUGUGACUCCAAGUGGGAUUUGGGGGUCUCAGUCACCCCUCAAAUAGGGAAGAUGGCAGGGGAGCAGAUGGGGGCAAGACUGUGCUCAGCCUUGGGUCCUCUUGGAACCAGGCCCAGGCUUGGAGCCUGAGUGGGAAUUAGCCUGCUGGGGCUCCUGACCCCCAUCUGCGAGCUGCACCAGGACCAGGAGCGAGGUGUGGGCUCUUCCUCUGGCCAAGACCCACAAAGCAGGACAGGGGCCCAGAGAGCCCCCAACCCAGGAGACGUGAAGCUAGCAACUGUUUUGCAGAAAGGGGGAGUGGUCCACAAGGUCACCUGCUGAAGAGAGCCCCCUUGGAUGAGGGGGAAUGUCCACUGGGGGAGUGGCCAGGAGGAUGCCAGUCUUGGCAGGAGCAGUUUGGCUGGAGCGGCCUUGGUGUGCAUCAAGCAGUGACUGAAGGGCCGGAGCAGUGCCGGUGCUGGCGACGGAGGCGAGGACGAUGACGCCAGGGGGACGCCAGGCUCGGAUCGCGGCGGGAUGGCGCGCGCAGGUGUGCCACGGACCACAAUGUGGACAACACCACAGAGAUGCUUCAGGAGUGGCUGACUGCUGUGGGCGAUGACUAUGCAGCUGUGGUCUGGAGGCCCGAGGGGGAGCCCAGGCUCUACCCAGACGAAGAAGGCCCUAAGCACUGGACCAAAGAGAGGCACCAGUUUCUGAUGGAGCUGAAACAGGAAGCCCUGACCUUUGCCAGGGACUGGGGGGCUGACUAUAUCUUGUUUGCAGAUACAGACAACAUUCUGACCAACAACCAGACCCUGCGGCUUCUGAUCGAGCAGGGGCUGCCUGUGGUGGCCCCUAUGCUGGACUCUCAGACCUACUACUCCAAUUUCUGGUGUGGGAUCACCCCCCAGGGCUACUACCGCCGCACAGCUGAGUACUUCCCCACCAAGAACCGCCAGCGCCGGGGAUGCUUCCAUGUCCCCAUGGUCCACUCCACUUUCCUGGUCUCCCUGAGGGCUGAGGAGACAGACCAGCUCGCCUUCUAUCCCCCUCACCCCAACUAUACCUGGCCCUUCGACGACAUCAUUGUCUUCGCCUACGCCUGUCAGGCUGCUGGGGUCUCAGCCCACGUGUGCAACGAGCACCGUUAUGGAUACAUGAACGUGCCUGUGAAAUCUCACCAGGGUCUGGAGGAUGAGAGAGUCAACUUCGUCCACCUGAUCUUGGAAGCGCUGGUGGAUGGGCCCCCCAUGUGGGCAUCAGUGCAUGUCUCCAGGCCCCCAAAGAAGCCCAGCAAGAUGGGGUUUGAUGAGGUCUUUGUCAUCAGCCUGGCCCGCCGGCCCGACCGCCGGGAGCGCAUGCUGAGUUCGCUCUGGGAGAUGGAGAUCUCUGGGCGGGUGGUGGACGCCGUGGAUGGCCGGAUGCUCAACAGCAGUGUUAUGCGGAGCCUCGGCGUAGAUCUGCUCCCUGGCUACCAGGACCCCUACUCAGGCCGCACGCUGACCAAGGGUGAGGUGGGCUGCUUCCUCAGCCACUACUCCAUCUGGGAGGAGGUGGUUGCCCGGGGCCUGGCCCAGGUCGUGGUGUUUGAGGAUGACGUGCGCUUUGAGAGCAACUUCAAGGGGCGGCUGGAGCGGCUGAUGGAGGAGGUGGAGGCAGAGAAACUUCCUUGGGACCUGAUCUACCUCGGCCGGAAGCAGGUGAACCCUGAGGAGGAGGCAGCCGUGGAGGGGCUGCCGCACCUGGUGGUGGCCGGGUACUCCUACUGGACACUGGCAUACGUCCUGAGCCUGGCUGGCGCCCGCAAGCUGCUAGCCUCACAGCCCCUGCGCCGAAUGCUCCCUGUGGAUGAGUUCCUGCCCAUCAUGUUUGACCAGCAUCCCAACGAGGAGUACAAGGCACACUUCUGGCCGCGGGACCUGCGAGCCUUCUCAGCCCGGCCUCUGCUCGCUGCACCCACCCAUUAUGCCGGGGACGCUGAGUGGCUCAGUGACACAGAGACAUCCUCGCCCUGGGAUGACGACAGUGGCCGCCUCAUCAGCUGGACUGGCUCUUACAAGACCCUGCGUGGACCCCGCUUGGACCUGGCCGGCAGCAGUGGGCACAGCCUCCAUCCCCACCCCCGGGACGAGCUCUAGGUCUAGGUGGUGACCCCAGAGGAGCAGCCAGGGGCUGGCUCUCCAGGGAGCAGAACAGGAGCCACCACCAGGAACCACAGACCCAGCAGAGAUCUGGCUGCCCCCUUGAGCGUGGCCACUCUGCCCUCGGGACCCGUCUUACAUUGGGAGAAACCACUCAGAGAUGAGUCCCCUUCCCUGAAGGUCACGGAACACAAGGGCAGGGCUCGCAGGGCCUCCUACUUUGCCUGGCCUGAUUCAGUGCCUGGG